AUGGAAUUCAGCCGAGGAUCUACCGUGCGCGCCCCUCCAUCAAGUAUCUUCAAAAAUUUGUCUUCAAUCCUGCUCUCCUCCCCCUCCUGGCAACAGCCAGGUUCGGCCACCAACAUGUCACAACCACCCAAGAUGAAGUACAUUCUUGUAUCUGGAGGUAAGGAUUCCUAUACUCUUCUUUGGAAAAUGUUGGACCAGUUUUGAGAGAGUACUAACGCGUCGUAGGAGUCAUUUCUGGCAUUGGGAAGGGAACUAUUGGUAUGCGCCCUUGAGAAUAAUAGAGAGUAGCAGCGGCAAAACUUGCAGUAGCUAACUGAUAGGUAAUAGCAUCUUCUGCGGGGUUGCUCCUUAAAACAAUCGGUCUUAAGAUAAGUCUAGAGUCCUCCAUCAUUGUGUAAAACUGCUAAUCUGCGAUGCACGUUUCCUCGAUUAAGAUUGAUCCUUAUAUGAAUGUCGAUGCAGGAACGAUGGCUCCUACGGAGUAAGUAUUCCCUAUCUGAGUCGCGCUGCUGGUGUGCGUUUCAAGUCUCAAGACUAAUUCAAAUCAUAGGCACGGCGAAGUCUUUGUCCUCGACGAUGGAGGGGAAGUCGACCUCGACCUCGGAAACUACGAGCGCUACCUCAAUAUUACCCUUACUCGCGAGAGCAAUAUUACGACGGGCAAGAUAUAUCAACAUGUUAUUGAGCGAGAACGUCGGGGCGAUUAUUUGGGAAAGACUGUUCAAGUUGUACCCCAUUUGACAGAUGCAGUCCAGGACUGGGUAGAGAGAGUCGCAAAGAUCCCUGUUGACGAUACCAAAGAGUGUCCCGAUGUCUGCAUUAUUGAGCUUGGGGGUACGGUGGGUGAUAUUGAGAGUGCGCCAUUCAUCGAGGCAAUGCGACAAUUGAAGAGAAGAGCAGGAAAGGGCAAUUUCGCUCAAAUCCAUGUCUCCCUUGUUCCAGUAAUUGCGGGUGAACAAAAGACAAAGCCAACUCAACAGGCAAUCAGAGAUGUUGGAAGAGCUGGUUUGGUUCCAGAUCUGGUAAUUACUCAUCCGUUUUUUCAGGAUGUAUAUUUACUGAUGAACACCAGAUUGCCUGCAGAUGUGAUGUUCCCCUCGAGAGAAGCACCACGGACAAGAUUGCCAUGUUCUGUCAAGUUGAACCAGAUCAGGUUCUGGCUGUUCAUAACGUACCGACUACCUAUCAUGUUCCCCUCCUUCUCGAAAAGCAAGGUUUGUUGAAGACUCUCGGCUCAAUCCUUAACCUCGAUGCGAUACCUAAACCACAAAAUCUCGUUGAUCGGGGACAGCGAACCUGGUCGGAGUGGACAAAGCUCACACAACAGCAAGAACGUAUCUUUGAUACUGUUACUAUCGCUCUCGUCGGAAAAUAUACUACUCUACAUGAUAGUUAUUUGAGUGUCAUUAAAUCACUUGAGCACAGCGCUAUGCGAUGUGGAAGAAAGCUUAACCUCCUUUGGGUUGAUGCAUCACAUCUUGAGGACCAAGCCAAAUCCGAUCAUCCUGCUGAAUUUUACAAGGCUUGGCAUGUUGUAUGCACAGCAGAUGGAAUUCUCGUGCCAGGUGGAUUUGGUAAUAGAGGCACUGAAGGUAUGAUUAAGGCAGCAGAAUGGGCACGAACAAAUAAGACUCCAUACUUGGGUAUUUGUCUCGGAAUGCAAAUCGCGGUCAUUGAGUUCGCUCGACACGUUUGCGAUAUCCCUAAGGCAAGUUCAAUUGAGUUGGUUGAGAAUUGUGAAGACCCUGUUGUCAUCUUCAUGCCAGAAAUUGACAAGACCAAUCUUGGAGGAACCAUGCGCCUUGGACUUCGCCCAACCAUUUUCCAAGAAGGCUCUGAGUGGUCACGUCUCCGUCAACUUUAUGGCGACAAGAAUGAGAUCAAUGAGAGACAUAGACAUAGAUACGAAGUCAACCCCGAAUACAUCGAGCGACUCGCCAAGAAGGGCCUUGAAUUCGUAGGCAAAGACGACAAAGGCGAGCGAAUGGAGAUCAUCGAACUAAAAGACCACCCCUGGUUCGUCGGUGUCCAAUUCCACCCCGAGUAUCUCUCCCGCGUCCUCCAACCAAGCAAGCCCUACCUUGGAUUCGUCGCUGCGGCUGCUGGUUGCUUGGAAAGUGUCACCAAGGACUGCAUGACCGACUCUUUUCUUAAUGGGGUUGACGGGACCUUGGCGAAUGGACUGAAUGGCGUUCGGAUUUGAUUGGGCUUUGUAUAAAGGGGUUUAUGGAAAGGGGGUUGCAUAAAAAUGGGAUGUGUGGGUGUGUUUGGUAGAUAGUGUAUUGUCUACGGACAUUUGCGAGAAUGAGUUUUCUCCUCUCAUUUAGAGUGAGAUUGGCGUUGUCUUUUAGCCUAGGGAUCUUGACAUAGAGAUAAUCGAGUGUGCCUGAAAUCCC